AUGCAGGUGAAGACUCUCAAUCUUCAUGCUGUCAGGUUUCCCACACCAGCAUCAUCACAGCUCCUAGCAGAAGCACUGUGUUAUAUGCCAAACCUGUCUGACCUGACACUUGAAACGGAUUUCGAUGAGGAGCCUGAGGAGUUCUUAUCUUCAUUGAAAACACAUGCAUCAUCCAUACAGGGUUGUUUUCCUCAGAUAAGAAAGGGAAACUUCAGAUUAAAUGGAAUUGCUCAAGAUGACUUGAACUCAUUUCUUCAAACCCUCUCAAGCUCGGGUGACUCGGAUGACUUGAGUAUCUCGGACGGCUCAAAUGACUCGGAUGUCUUGAGUGUCUCGGACGGCUCAAAUGACUCGGAUGACUCGGAUGGCUUGGCUGACUUGGCCAACAUCAGUGUUACCACUGAUGUACACUCUCCAAGAAGGACAUCACCACCAUCAGACCACCCUCAACAGCAACCCAUGGGUGAUGUACGCUCUCCAAGAAGGACAUUUCCACCAUCAGACCACCCUCAACACCAACCCAUGGGUGAUGUGCACUCUUCAAGAAGGACAAUACCUUCAUCAGAUCACCCUCAACACCACCCUAUGGGGGAUGUACACUCUCCAAGAAGGACAUUACCACCAUCAGACCACCCUCAACACCACCCCAUGGGUGAUGUACACUCUUCAAGAAGGACAAUACCACCAUCAGACCACCCUCAACACCAACCGAUGGGUGAUGUACACUCUCCAAGAAGGACAUUACCACCAUCAGACCACCCUCAACACCACCCUAUGGAGGAUGUACACUCUUCAAGAAGGACAAUACCUUCAUCAGACCACCCUCAACAGCAUGUUGGCAAUACAUCAGAUGCUGUAUGUCAAUUCUCUCAGACACACAGAGAAGGUAGCAGCAGUCAGAGCAGGCCUUACAAGAGGCAAGCUCCUUCUACUCAGUCCAAAGUUCCACAGGAUGAUCCUGAAAUUCCAGAGAAGCAAUCGAAAGUAUGAAGUCUAGUUUCUAUGGUAUUGGUAGAGUAAGACAGUGUCCCAGUGGUAACACUUCAUCUUGACUUUGUGUAUGUAUGAUACAGGGCACCACACUAACUUUAAUUUUUGGAAAAGAGGUUCAGAUUUAACUUUUUAUAGUCUGUAUAUGCACGAGUCCUAAAAAAAAACUUCAAAAUUCGGGGAUCCGAACCUAGAGUGUUGGCGGUCCAUGUAUGUGUCCUGGCUAGCCUGUUAGUUUUGAGUCCUGGUCUAAUAGCAAGAAAUUUGUGGUAAAAAUGGGUAAUUUGGGGCAAUAUUUGCAAACAUUUGAAUAUUAUUGAAAAGGCCAUGUUCUUCUUUUUCACCUCGAUGAGUCCAGUCCACUAUCUGGUGUUAGUGUAUAUAUUUUACAAGAAAGAGAACAUGAUAUUGUCACAAUGUUCUAAUAGAUGUGAAAGGCCCAUGUAGAAAGUGAUGCAAAUAUUGGAUACGUUUUGUGAAUGUGUACUCAAGCCUAAAACAGAGUUGCAUCAAGAGCCCAUUGUGUACCUGUUUUAUGCAGAAAGGGGUCAUGUUGUGUGGCAAAUGUUUUUGAAAAUACUCAUAAUUGGGGUCCAUUUGGACUUGGCUAUGAUCAUGCAUUAUGCAUGUGGAUUGAACAUGACAAUACCAGGGACUAGUAGUUAUAAUAAUAAUAAUGAUGGCCUCUGAUAUAGUACAUACCCCCGUUGUGCCACGAUACUCCUGGCGCUGAAACAUUAUUACCCUGGUCCUAGGCGGCGGCCAAAUAUGUAGCGCUUUGGCAUAUCGGGAGCCCAUUAAUACCUGGGUGGAGAGUGGCAAAUGUGGAUUAAUGCCUUGCCAAGGAUGUUAGAGCUGGGUUAGCUGGGAUUUGAACCCUCAACCAUUGAGUCAAGUGAGUGAACCACUACACCAGCUCUUAAUGCUAUCAUGUCAACUAACCACUCAUAAUGGAGGAUGUAGUUACUUUAAUGCACAGUAUUUGUUUGAUAAUAAAUUAUGAUUAAAUAAAAUCUGAAAUUAUUUGUUUGAUUUAUCACCAGAAAUGACCCCAGCUAAAGAACUAUUGCUGUCUAAAUUUUCAACUUACCGCCCACAAUUGAAGAUUUAGUUACUUCACAACAUACAAGUGCUGUACGUUAGUUAAUGUCUGUCACACUCACCGCCCACAAUUGAAGAUUUGGUUUCUUCACAACAUACAAGUGCUGUACGUUAAUUAAUGUCUGUCAGACUCUCGACACACAAUAUCGUCAUAUAGAAUUAGUGUAGACUGUUUCUGUGUUUGCACUUUUUUCUGCUCUAAGUGAUCUUGCAUUUUUGAUCACAGCGCUCUUCCUGAAAGCAUUUGUUAAGUUGAGGCCCAUGUUAAAUAAAGCUGAAAUACAUAACAAAUGAGUCAAUCAUACAUUAGACAGCUUUAAUAUAAUGCAUGUAGAGAGUAUAUGUGUAUUGUAGACUUUAAUCAUUUUGCUUUAGGUAAUUUGCAUGCAAUGUAUGAAAUACCACCUAACUUUCACAAAGUGAGUUACGAGUUGAAGAAUGUAACAUUUCAAAAUGUCAUUGCACAAGUUCAAUGAAAAUAUAGUUAAGAAGAAAUAGUUACCAGGAAUGACCCAGAUGUUAAGAGCCAUAUUGCUCUAGUUAUCGUGUCAACGAACUUGAUAGAACUCGAUUUGAUAGUUAACAACUAGAUUUAUCUGGUAAGGGUGUAUAAAUAUCGGCCAGAGUUAUCAAUGUAACAGUUUGUUGGAUAUGUAUUAUUGUUUGUAAAUUUAUAACUACAUUCAGUUCUAGAUUUUAAACUCCAUCUGAGGAAAUAUUUUCCUGGAUUUUAUUUAAAACACUCCAGUGUGUAAAUGUAAAUAUGUGUUAUAAUGUUAAGAUACAUGUCUCUUUUGUCAAUGUAACAUGCCUGAGUUAUCAGUGUACUAUUUAAUUUGAAAUUGAUUAUUGUUUGUACAUGUUUAACUCAAUCACCAGUACUACUUUUCUUGACAUUACUCCAAUGUACAUGUAAAUAUGCUGCUAUAAUUGUACAAUACAUGUUUAUUCUAAUUGUAUCCAGUACUGGAUUGCGAUAAUUUGUAUGAUACAUAUGCCAGGCUUUGCUUCGCAUCAUUAUGAUUAUGAUUAUGCAAUGGUAUCAUACAUGUAUAUUUCGAACCUUUUUUUUUUGCCAUACAUACUGGCCUUGUAAAUAAGAGUUAUAUUCUAAUAAGUUUGCAUUCCUGAUUGGCUUAUAAAAUAGAAACGUAAGCAGUACUCUUAUGAGCAUUCCGUUACCUUGCCUUUUGAUCACCAUCCUCUUCUGAUUAAGUGAUGUCAUUUUUUUUAAUCCACUCUGAUUAUCAUAAUAGACAAUGGAAUCACUCAGAUCUGUGAGUUUAUUCUGAAUUAUGUCAUGCAAUAUGAUGUACUUAACCCAGGUCUUUCUAUGUAUAUUAGAUGGUCAUAAAUUACUGAAAUAAAGUUGCAGUGCCUUAGCUAUUUCAAUAUUUUGAUGUACAAAGGAGACACAAGAAUGUGUUGUAGUUUGAUGAUGGUGUAAUUGUAUCCUAUAUCUUAAAUGGAGUCACGUGACACUCAACAUUGUUCCUCAAUAGAUUGAAAGACCAAAUACACUGACAGUGGUUCAGCUUUAAUGCACAAACACGAUACUUUAAUAUUUUUUAUUUUAUUUUAAAGCUUCGUUUCCAUUACUAAUACAAGUAUGUGUACAUAAAUGUUAUGAGUUCAAUAUUAUCUUCAUUUUUCUCUGAUUUGUCUUAUGGUAUAUCAAAUUUAUUUGUAAUAUUAAAUUGAAAUCAAGAAUAUAAUUACUGUAAUUCGUUAAUUUACAUUACAAUUUACUGGUGCCAGUAAUAUUCUUUUUUAAUUGCUUCCAUUAAUUUUGUCAUUAAUUAUUAUCAUGAUUAUUAUUAUAAGUAUUUCUUUUUAUUAUUGUUAUCAUUGUUAUUGUUACUUUUAUAUUUUAAGUGUUAUCACUAUCGUCGUUAGUGAUAUUUGUAUUGAUCAAAAUUAAUUCGAUUUGAAUUGUAUACAGUACAGUGUUAAAUUGACAAAUUCAAACUGAUUGUAAACUUCUCCAAUACCCCAAUGUGGGUGACAUGAGAAUAAAUUGUCAUUGUCAUUCUAGUUCUCUUCGCGUACCCAUUUUUUGUAUUGUCUCAACUCAUUGCACGCGUCUUACACUAAGGUAAUUCUGUUUUUUUUUCUUUCUAGUUCAUAUACAUACAUGUUUACAAAGAUAUAUAUAUAUGUAUUGGUAAUCUAUGCAAAUAUGAUUACCUACCGUAAUGAAGAUGACAUCAUAUAUCAAGGAAAAAAAAUAAUCAAAAUACCUACUUCAGAUUAGAGCAUAUAAGAAUAAAAGAAAAGGGAAGGUAUGUAAGAAGAGAGAGAAGAAGAAGAAGAAGAAGAAGAAGAAGAAGAAGAAGAAGAAGAAGAAAGAGUAUUAAAAAGUAUAUUCAUCAUGAUCAUGUAUAUUAUAUUAAAUGUAUACUAAAACAGGGCCCUAUGAUUGUCAAUUAUAAGUUGUUCCUAUGUUCAUAUGUUGAAGCAAGAUUGUUAAUGUAAAUAUAAACAAUUAUCCUAUAUGGACACAAUAAAGAAAUGAAAUGAAAUUACCUCUGUCAUUUUUGUGGGAUGUGCGCAUCUUCGGGUAUACUUGUUGUGGUGCAUGCAUGGACCUACUACUCCAUAGGUCCAUGCUGUGGUCGAUGCAUCGUUGGGUAGUGCUUUCUGAGUGUAUUUUGUGAAUAGCUUUAUAUAUUCCAUAUAUUAUUUGUUGUUGUAUUCAUGAAUCAGUUAUCUUUGUCACAUCAUCUGAGGGGCCUUAACUUAACAAGUUGUGCUUCAACCAAAGUCUCCUCAUCUUUCUUUAUUCUACAUUGUACUGUUAUGAUUAUACUCUAUUAUAUUUUGUUACAUGUUAUUUCUGGAAGACAGAAAUAAACGUUAUACUUGACACCUGA